ACCCGCUUGCCUGCUUCAAGAUCAAGAGAUUAUUUCCUUCCAUUUGCCUCUGUCGAUUUCCUUGCUUUCAGUCCAUCCUAUGAGUAAUCGACGAAUUCCCUUGAACUGUCGCUUCCUCGGACUGUCGUUCCAUCCAGCUCAGAGACAUGUCGGCCCUACCAUUCGCUGUACCUAGAUUCAUCUGAGUCUACGUCACAGGCCUCGUUCAGCCGCAACGAACUCCCAAGUCGACCUCCGACAACCCCCUCCAAGUCCAUCCCCGCCGUCGAUAUUGAGCCAUGCAUCAGUCCUUCACGGGCAGCGCUCGCAAACCGCGCCAGGUCAACCUCUCCGGCCGCACUCACACCAACCCCUGGGCCUCCCUCCAGAAAUCAGGGCAAGCCACUCCUGCAGCCGCCAGCAAUACUGUCGCCCAGGCUCAAGCAGAUCGGGUGAGGAGACAGCAAGAGAGGGAAAGACUGAAUGCCACAAAGACUCUUCAGAGGAUAUGGCGCGGUCACGCGAGUCGGCGGGAACAGAAAUCGCGAUGGAGACAAAUGUGGGAUGAGAACGAACAGCAGAGACUGGGCUCGCCGAGUCGAGUAGAUUACCAAGGACUUGUCGACGCAGGCGCAACGAUUCCAGCAUAUGAGAACUCACUCCAGAUCCUCCUCCAAUUGCGGUUGUUGCUUAGAUUUCAAGAUUUUAGAAGGGGCAGGGCAAGGGAUGAUACGGAUCUGCUCAGAUUGCUCUACUUCGCCGAGGUCCUACGUCACACAUUUCUCUCAUUGGGGUUCGAGUUGGAUGCCAGCUGGAGGUACAGCCUCUCUCGACUAGGACUGGUUGAGGUUCGUCACCUCAGGAGCAUCAUCGGCGACCACAAACACCACGACAGAAUAUCCUAUGGACCGAGAAUAUUAAAGAUGAUCACCAUGCUGGUUGAGUAUCUACCGGAUGAUAUUGCCAAGGACUCCGUAAUCUACUUCGAGGUGAUCGAGUUAGCGGUACGCAGACAAGAGGAGGAGAGAUGGCAACGGUGCUCAAUUGAGGCGAUAGCUGCUUUCCUGAGAUGCCCUUCAACCCAAAAGCAACAGGCAUACGCUGCGUUUGCAACAAAAUUCCUGACCAGAGACUCUUUUUCAGGACGCAGAGACACUUUGAAAGAGCUUUCUUAUUCCCUAAGCCUGCAAGAGCUGGCGCUGGCAAUUGUGAAGCAGGUUGACGAUGCUGACAGGAGUGGCACGCGUGCAUUAACCACUGCCCAGUUAUUGUGGCAACUCGCUCACCUCAUAUAUAUUCACGACAUUCGGCAUGAAGGCUACGCUGGUCAGAGCACCUAUAUCGAAGCAGUCUCGGCUCUCUUGGGUGAUUGCGCAAAUGAGGUUGCCGAGAGGAUAGACCUGACCGACCAGCCCAUGCUCAACACUGCUAACAAGAAUGGUCCUGAGCCCUUGCCGGAGUUUGUGAGAGAGAUGAUCUCGAAACUGCCGGGGCAGAAUAAUGUCCGAGCCAUUCUGAAAGAGAUGGGGUCAUCAACGGCUUCAGGAAAACCCACCGAUGGCACAGACUUCGAUUCUGCGAAGCGUCUGGCAAAUUUCGCGGUUGCCGUGUUAAGAGCUUUUCCUACACGGGCACCAGAUAUUCGGAUGUCUUUGUAUCAGAGCUCUGUAAGAUCUGUUGAGAACGCAGACAUGUCCACCAUUCAGUACUUCUGGAACGCAGCACAGACAACCAGUGUCUUCGAGAAGAUUUCUCAAGACUACCGCGUCGUGCUAUCGGUAUUGACAGAGGCGGCUCCAAAGUCCAAUCAAAUAGGUCAAGCACCGUUGUCGAGGCAAGAAGUCGCCCUAUGGCGAGACGAGUGGCGGAUAGUCUUGCUCUUCCUCGAGUUGUAUACGUUUGUGCUGAAAUUCAUGGAUGACGACGAUUUCUUCUCCUACGAAAAGCUGCACGCUUUCGGGGCGGCGACAAGCUCUGCAACAAGCUUGUUGUCAAGAAAGGGAUCGCUGCCUUUGGAUCAACUGGCGCUGAUGACUAUAUUCUUGAAGAAUCUAGCCUUUACCCUGUACUGGAACGCAGCCGACUUGGUGGAGAGCAAUGAUCAAGACGAGGACCUGGCCAUCUCGGCGCUCUUUGGCAGUCCCGGGCGUUCGACUGCCAAGAACAGCGAAAAGAAGCCACAGACCUUGGCUGGCAAUGGUGUAUCGCAAGGCUACCUCAAGGGCUUAGUUACAGGCCUCCUGCGAAUGCUGCACGAAAGAGACUCCAGAAGGUCAUUUGUUCCUCCUGAACACUGGCUGAUGACCAAUCAGGUCAGCAUGGCUGGGUUCAUUCCCGCUGUCGUUGCAGAGGAGGAGAAAAGGCAUGAACUGGGUGGCGACGACGACACAGACGAAGAGCAAGAAGAGCUUGACAGGGAGGCCGAGAUAGACAGGUCUGUGGGCUCAUCAGCCGGCGAGGCGCUACUGAGCUCCAUGUUUGGCAUACGGCCGUCACACAUCCCAAGAAGCAGAGCGUCGAGAGUGGCGGACUGGGCGGAAAAGCAGCGACUACAAGCCAGGAAGAAGCGACAGCUCGAGGCAUUGGCACCCCGUCUUGAGAUCCUCCGCAAUCUCCCCUUUUUCAUCCCAUUUGAAACAAGAGUCCAGAUCUUCCGGGAGUUUGUCCAUCGAGAUCAGGUCCGCAGACGGAAUGGGGCCACCGACCCCGACACAUGGCGCAUGGGCGUGGCUGCAACCCAAGGUCGAACCGUUGACGGCCGGCCGCUUGGUAUUGACAUCCUCUCUCGACAUCACGCUCAAAUUCGUCGGAGCAGUGUCUUUGCGGAUGCCUUCGAGGCUUUCUAUGGACUUGGCGAAGGGCUCAAGGAACCUAUCCAGAUCACUUUUAUCGACCAAUUUGGUGCUCCGGAAGCGGGCAUUGACGGAGGUGGCGUCACCAAAGAGUUUCUCAUUAGCGUGACGAACGAAGCAUUUGAUCCCGAUGCCAAUCUGCCGAUGUUCAAGGAGAACGCCCAAAGAUACCUAUACCCGAAUCCUAUGAUCUACCAGGAAACUGCCGAGUAUCUCAAAGUGGCUGCGAGUCGAGGGGAUACCGAGGGGAUGGCAAUCUCGAUGGCCGACUUGAUUCGUCGAUACCAGUUCUUGGGCCGAGUCGUUGGGAAGUGCCUAUACGAGGGUAUCCUGAUUGACGUCAACUUUGCUGGGUUUUUCCUGCUGAAGUGGGCACUGACUGGUGGAACUACGGUUGGAUCGAACGAAUCUGCCUAUCGAGCAACGAUCAAUGACCUCCGAGAAUACGAUGAGGAACUAUAUCAGGGACUCCUGAAGCUGAAGAACUAUGUGGGCGAUGUAGAGACCGACUUUUCGCUUGACUUCACGGUCGCCGACACGAUUACGAUCGAAGCCGACGAUGGCACAGAGGUGCACAAAACUGUCACCACCGAACUGCGUCCGAACGGCGCCAACAUUCCCGUCACCAACACCAACCGAUUGCUGUAUAUUGACCGAAUAGUGAGAUAUCGACUGCAGCAGCAGCCCAAGGCAGUGACAGACGCGUUUCUCCGAGGUCUCGGUCAGAUCAUCCAGCCCAUGUGGCUCGCCAUGUUCAACCAAAAGGAAUUGCAGAAACUCGUGGGCGGAGACAAUACCGAACUCGACAUUGCUGAUCUCCGCCGCAACACCCAGUACGGGGGGGUCUACAGCAUCGGCGACGAUGGCCGCGAGCAUCCCACGAUACAACUAUUCUGGAAAGUCCUGCAAGACAUGUCGGAUGAAGACCGGCGGAAAGUGCUCAAGUUUGUCACCAGCACCCCACGCGCACCGCUGCUAGGAUUCAGUCAUUUGAAUCCGAAAUUCAGCAUUCGUGAUUCCAGUGGGGACCAGGACCGGCUACCGAGCACCUCGACCUGUGUGAAUCUGCUCAAGUUGCCGCGAUACGAGGACCUCAAGACCAUGAAAGAAAAGCUUCUGUAUGCAGUCAACUCAGGGGCUGGCUUUGACCUGUCGUGAGAGGCUAGGAGGGAGGAAUUGACAGUACUUGGAUCUCUGCGUCGGGGCUCGAGAAGGGAGAGAAGUUGGAUCAAUUGGUACUAUUCUCCUCAAGAUAAAUUCAUAGAUAAAGGGCUAGGCGGUGGGCGAUCAGAAAGCACCUUACCCGGCACUUCUGAAGAUACACUUCGAUCACGAUCAGUUACACUGCUGUUUCCUC